UUAUUGCAGGUGACAAAUGAUAUAUUCACCAAAGAGGAUGGUGAGUUCUUGGUGAAGCAUGGAGCACUUCCUGAAGAGAGAAUACGUGCUGUGGAAACUGGGGGAUGCCCUCAUGCUGCAAUUCGCGAAGACAUCAGCAUUAAUCUAGGCCCUCUUGAGGAGCUUUCUAACUUGUACAAGGCAGACAUACUUCUUUGUGAAUCAGGCGGAGAUAAUUUAGCUGCGAACUUCAGCAGGGAGCUGGCUGACUAUAUUAUUUACAUCAUAGAUGUAUCUGGUGGUGAUAAAAUUCCACGAAAAGGUGGCCCUGGAAUCACUCAAGCUGACCUUCUGGUGAUAAACAAGACUGACCUUGCACAAGCAGUUGGAGCUGACUUGGCAGUGAUGGAGCGUGACGCACUUCGAAUGCGAGAUGGAGGGCCAUUUGUCUUUGCUCAGGUGAAGCACGGGCAAGGAGUUGAGGAAAUCUUGAACCACAUAAUACAGGCUUGGGAACUAGCAACAGGAAAUAAGCGCCACUGAGCCACCGACGCUUUU